GGAAGACAUAAUAAUCAUAAUGCGUACAGAAGCAGGUGAUGAUGGACACAUUAUGAAAUUUGUGCCUAUUUACAAAUACAUGAAUAGCUAUUAUUGAACAUACAUACAUACACAGCUUCAUCGCCUCGGUUUACUUGCUGGUCCAAAACUACUCGAGUGAAUAUAAAUACCGAUGUACACCUUGACAUAGGUGACCAAUUUCCUAGGCGCACUUUCCUUUUCCAAACAAUGGAGCAAUUUACGCACUGAAUGAAUGAAAUGGGACACGAGUUUUGUUUUCGUGGUGUGCAUAUUUGCCUUGUUUGACAUAUUAUUUAUUUGGUUAUGUUGUAUCUCAGAUGGGUCUUUUUUCUUGUGGGGGUGGUUGCUGCGGCUCUGGCGACGGUCGAGUUUUGCUCACCGGGGAAAAGCACCACAGUUUUUAGGGUGACCCCAGAAAAUUGUCCGUUCGGCGUGCUCUUCACUAGCCCCGUCUCAGCUUCGUGCCUGGUGUCCAAUGACGCCGCCAUGUCAGAUUUCUUGGUGGAUGUUUGUCGAAAUAUCAACUUUAACUCGGGCAGUGAAAUCGUUGGACAGAUUCACUUUAUGCCCAUGAUUGACGGAGGGGAACGUUAUCGAAGAAACGUGUGUCGGAGUCGAGCCCGGCCAGUGCAAUGUCACCGAAGCGCAGGAGAUCACAUUUCAUCUGCUAACACCCCCGGAGGAGUUUGACAACCCCUUCAUCGAGGCA